AUUAAACUACCAUUCUAACGCCACAUUCCAUUCCCAAGAUCAUAUCUAUAACCAAAAAAGAUAAAAAAAUCAAAAUAAAAAAUCAGUUCCCCCUUCCUCCUCCAUCUUCUUCUAUCCGAUUCAUUUUAGUCUCCAUCCCACCUAUUUAGUUCUCAAUUCACGCCACAGACAUCCCUCGCCUCCUCGUUUCCCCCAUUUCUAUGAUUAUUAAAUCCCAUUUCAUUAUUUUUUAAUUAAUGAACCCAAUUCUAGAUUUCGAACAAGAGAGGAAGAGGAAGAAGAGGGCAUGAUUUGCAGAGGGGAGGAGGAAAAUAAUGAGCAUGCCCUCUCAAAUCACGGUUCCCGUGCUUUCCCUCAGAUUUGGCAUCUGGGUUCUGCUCAAAUCGGUUUGGUUGAUUGAUCGCGUCCUUGUGUCUUUCUUUUAGUAGCAUUCGAGGUAAGAUUGAAUAUCGUAAAGUUUUGGAAUUUAGGCAAAACGAAAUAAGAAAAGGGAAGAUGCAAGCGUCAUCGGAGAAUGGGAAGCUGUUCAUCGGCGGGAUUUCGUGGGACACGAACGAAGACCGGCUCCGUGAAUACUUCGGGUCGUUCGGAGAGGUCGUGGAAGCCGUGAUAAUGAAGGAUCGGACCACCGGUCGGGCUCGCGGCUUUGGUUUCGUGGUCUUCGCCGAUGGAGCCGUCGCCGAGCGGGUCACUCAAGAGAAGCACAACAUCGAUGGAAGAAUGGUGGAGGCAAAGAAAGCUGUUCCUAAGGAUGAUCAAAACAUUCUUCACAGAACAACAAGUAGCAUUAUUCAAUAUGGUUCUCCAAGUCCAGGCCGAACCAGAAAAAUCUUUGUAGGAGGGUUAGCAUCCACAGUCACAGAAACCGAUUUCCGUAACUACUUCGAGCAGUUUGGAACAAUCACGGAUGUGGUAGUCAUGUAUGAUCACAACACGCAGAGGCCAAGAGGGUUCGGGUUUAUAACAUACGAUUCCGAGGAAGCAGUUGACAAAGUCCUCCACUUGAAGACCUUCCAUGAACUCAAUGGGAAAAUGGUCGAGGUCAAGAGAGCAGUCCCCAAGGAGCUAUCUCCAGCUGGUCCCAGCCGUGGUACAUCUCCACUAAACAACUAUGGUCUCGGUAGGGUUAGUAGCAGCUUUCUUAGUGGUUACAAUCAAGGAUAUAACCCGGGAACAGUUGGGUAUGGGCUUAGAAUGGACCACGGAGGAAGGUUCAGUCCUGUUGCCGCCAGUCGAAGUGGGUUUGGUCCCAAUUUCGGGUCGGGUUACGGGAUGGGUUUGAAUUUUGAGCCAGGUUUGGGUCAAGCUGCAUAUGGAGGGAGUGGUGGGAAUUUUAACGGCGGGUUCAGGGGGAUGAUGAAUCAUCAUCCUUAUUACAUUGAGAACACAAAUAGGUUUGGUAAUCCAAUAGGGUACGAUACUGCAGGUAGUAAUAAUGGAGGAAAUACUUCAUUCUUCAGCUCAGUUACUAGGAACAUGUGGGGAAAUGGAGGGCUUACCAACUCUGCUGGUCUAGAUGAUGCUUAUGCGGGACCUGGAAACACAUUUGGCAACAGAGGUGGUAUCAGCUGGGGUGAUGAAGGCAACAACAAUGUACCCAACAAUAGUCUGAAUUUCUCAUAUGGCGGUGGGGAGAACAGCUUUAGCUUGGGGUCUACUGCAGGUGGAUAUGGAGGAGGAAGAAGCAGCAGUGUGAUGAACCAUACUGCUUCGUCGGGCGGUGGGUUUGAUGGAGGAUUGAUAGGUGAUCAUCUCUAUGUUGGAGGUGGUGGUUCCGAAGAUUAUGGAGAUCCCGCUUGGCGAGAUGGGGGGCUUCCGCUUGGCAGUAACAAUACAACUUCAGAUGUUGCAGUGAAAAGCCCUUCUCCUGGUUUUGUUGGUGGCUAUAGUGUUAAUAAAAGACAGGCAACUAGAGGAAUUGCUACCUAGGAGGAUCAAUCUGUUGAAGCUGGUGGAAAUUACUGUGUACUACCACAGAUUUCCCCCUACCUCGAUAAGUAUAUUUACUGUCUUAGUUAAAGAAGGAUUUACCAUGGGGUUUUCUGGAGAUGAACUGUGGAGUGCCCUGGUCUUAAGAAGGAAGAGUUUAAGUUAAAAGCUUUAGGGAUAAUACAUAGAAGAAGUUACAAGGGAGACUAUCAUGUUAUUGUUUGAGUGCUUUGUAGGGGGAUUCUAUCUUUGAUUCUUAGCAUUGUUGGUUAUUUGAGUGAAAUGUACAUCAGCUUGCGGCAGCCAUACCAAAAAAUGGAUAUGAUUACAUAGGGUUUCUUUUGUUCCUUCUCUUUUGGUUUCGAUCAAGGUCUCUUUGUAGCAUACCUGGCAGUUUUGUGGAUUCUUGUCAGGUAUAUUUUCCUCUCUGCUGUAUUCCUUAUCCCCCUCGGAUUAUGUCUGUAUUGUUGAGCUUGAAUGUUCUAGUGCAGCUAGAGAGAACAAAACUUUUCUGAAGGAUACCCAUCUAGGGUUUCUCAUAAAUAAACAAAUACUAUUAUUAUCAAAUUGCUUAUACUUUUUUGCGUCGUCGUUCUUUUCCUCCACUUUUUUCUUACACAAUGCUAUAUUCAAACACAGAAGAUGGUUCGUUUCAUUAUAAUGAUAUCAUAAUGUAAAAGAUGCUUCGUUUCAGUCAAAAUUUGAUCUGUUGGUUCCUUUUAGCUAUGGAUUAGAUCGGUACUCCCUUUAUCAGAGAUGAUCCCUUCUCUUCUCAAUUUGUCUUCUUUAGACUUCCUGCAGAAGAUCACCCACGAGUUGACCUCCAAAGCAAUGCAAGCUCCUAUCAGGGUUGACAAACACAAGCAGUAUGCUAACUUCCCAUAAGACCCUCCAGCUCCCAUGACCUCAAACCCUUCAAACACAUUCACCACCCCAAUCACCACACAAGCAUACCCUACAAAAUGGUGGUAGGACUUCCAGUACUUCCUGUACUUGUUGGUGGUCUUGGGUCGAAACAGCAGUGCCAGUGUCUGCAGUCCUCCAAGGCAGAACGCCGCGAUCCCUAACUUCCGGUGGAGGCCAUAGGUCACCCCAGGGGAUGAAUUCCCUAGCUUGAGCCCGAUGGCGAAGCCCACGGUCCCUAGAAAAAAGGCAGAGAGCUGCACUCCAGCAUGGAUAUAGAACCACGCUGGUCCGAGGGACUGGAUGUGGCGGAAGUAUCGAGCUGCGACUGCCCCAGAAGGAAGCAUCACACCCCACGAGAUGGCAUUCAUGAUUCCAUGAACCAUUUUGAGCGUCUUUGUGUUGUGUACGAUUUGCGAUGAGGUGAAUCCCGAGAGAAUGUUGAUUGUGGAGAUGGAGGAAAGGUCGUUUGAAGUUGUGGGGUGGAUGGUUGGGGAGUAGCCCUGGACAUAUAGUCCCCUGUUCCACACGAAAUGGACCUUGGUGUGGUUCGGUUCGAGCCUCAACGUUGCGAAGAUUUGGACCGCAGCGCCAUUGUGGAUGGUGGCUAGCUUGCCACCAUAGAGGGCAGCUGAGGACGACAGGAGAUGGAUGUCCAAAGGUUGGGAGACGAGGGGCGUCUUCUGGAGCUUGACUGUAGUGUCUAGGAUGUAGGGAAGGAGGACUAACUGACCGGAAUUUGGAUCCGAAAAGGCGAUUAGGGCACGUGUCCCAGUCAUCUCGGCUGAUGUCGGGUUGAUGCCUAGUGCAACCCAUCCGGAAGGUGAAAUGAAGGUGCCAAAGAACACAAGGUCUAAGGUGGCAUUACUAGGGUGGAAAGUCCAUGCUAUUGAAGCUUGUUGUGUGGGGAGAGUCAUGCAUUUUUGGAACUCUUUCUUGGCCGUGGAGGUGGCGCAACGGGCGGAGAAGGCGGUGUCGGCAUGGAAGGAGAGGAGGAGGAGAUGGAGAUGGCAAAAGUAGUGAAGGAAUGGCAUGGUGGUUAGUGAAGGGAAGAGAUGUGAGGAGGAAGGAAUGAAGAUUGAAGAGGAACGAGA